UACAUUUCUCUUCUUCUUCUUGAACUGCGCUUUGCACCCUAUCAACUGGCAUCUCACAGCAAUUUAGCGCUCACAUCCUGCACUUUCUACGCCCCGCACGUUCCGCUCCUUCCCCCUCCCUCUGCGUACGGCGUCCUCUUCUCCUUCGUCUCCCGACAACGCCUGCCCCCAUUUCCCACCUGCCGCUAACGUUGCGACCAUUCUAACCGAUCUAAGGUUCUCACCCGAUCACCUUCCCGCGGUUCUCCCUCACACUAUCUCUUCAAUGGCAUCACUCAAGGCACGCCGCUCAAGCCCCUAUGACGACGAUCCCAUGGUUCGUCUCACUGGGCUUUCCCUGGACCCCGACUUUCCACCGCACCAUCACGCCGUCCCACCUUCAAGCUCUCCUAUUCCCCACGCUCCAGCCGACGAGCAGGACCACGUGCAGAAGCGUGUUAGAGACGCGGAAGAGGCAGGUCCCACUUCCCCAGGUGCUGAAGAAGAUUUUGACCAGGAACGCGAUCGUUACCGUGAGGAGGACACCCGACCUUCACAGGAUGAUCAGGAGCCGUAUUUGACUCUCCGUGCGUUGGUCUCUACCCGCGAGGCGGGUGUCAUCAUUGGCAAAGGAGGAAAGAAUGUAGCCGAGGUCCGUGAGGUUACCGGCGUGAAGGCUGGUGUUUCCAAAGUUGUCCACGGCGUUCAUGAGCGGAUUUUGACCGUGUCUGGACCGUUGGAAUCUGUCGCCAAGGCUUACUAUCUCGUUGCCAAACACCUCCUCGAGAACCCCAUUGAAAACACCCGUCAGCGCGAACCCGCCCAUCCCGACUAUACUACCAUCCGUCUUCUCGUUGCCCACCAACUCAUGGGAUCCAUCAUCGGUAAGGGUGGAUCCAGAAUCCGUGAUAUCCAAGAAGAGUCUGGGGCGAGAAUCGUAGUCUCGAAAGAAAUGCUGCCACAAUCCACCGAGCGCGUCAUUGAGAUUUACGGUCUUGUUGAUUCCAUUCAAAUUGCCGUAUACCAAAUCAGCGAGUGUAUCCUCAAUGACAUCGAGCGUGCUACAGGCACUAUCCUCUAUUCUCCCGAGAACCGAUCUGGCCGCAGCCGGGGCCCUGGCCGCUACGUUGACGACGAACUCUCACCGAGGGGCGACCGUCGUGGUGGACGUCGCGGUAGCAUAGGCGAAGGAACAGGCCCAACAGCAAGGCGGACUCACACCCGUGGUGAUUCUCAAGGAAACGGUGUCCAGCUCAUCUCCAACGGUAGUGCAGGCGGAGACCAACGCACCCAGACUCUCGGUAUUCCGGCUGACAUGGUUGGCUGCAUCAUUGGCAAAGGCGGUUCCUUCAUCAACCAGAUUCGUCGUUCUUCUGGUGCGAAGCUUCGCAUCGACGAACUGCAAGAUGGACAGACCUCUCGCAUGGUCACCAUUACUGGUACUGACGCUGCUACCAAGAAAGCUCUCGGCAUGAUUUACAAUCAGCUUGAAGCCGAGAAACAGCGCCGACUGGGGCUGGAGAAUGGUGACGACGAAGAUCACCAAGACUACGAGUAAACCAUCUCGCCUGGACGAUGGAACUUUUCGCCCUUUUGCGGUACAAACGAACAUAUCAACAAGCACUUUGAUCAAUUUUACCAUCGUCCGUGAUGGCUCGACCUCCCGUAUCCGUUUCUGUCAGCAAGCUCCCGUACGUCCUUUUUUCUCCUCCUCUUAAAGUUCCGUUCCAAUUAGCUUUCCUUUCCUAUACCUCAAACCAAAAAAAACCUCGACUUUGCUAGUCCUGCUGUCUUUUUUCUUUGUUUGGUGUAAACUUGUGUGUAUUGUAUCUUUCUCUGAUGGCUUGACUCUCAGAAAGGAUGAAUAUAUUUUUGCUGGUGUACCAGCUUGCUGCCCAAUGUAAAUAA